CAUCGCCAGAUCGGAAGAGCCUGCAAACCGCGAGCUUCUGGUUUCAGCGAAUUUCCAAAAUUAGGGUUCUUCUCGUUUGAAAUUCGGACUGCUACGAUGUCAGAUUACGAAGGCGUCAGCAAGCACAAUUCUCGUGGAUCAGAACGUGAGAGCUUGUGGAGAGACUGAGAGCGAGACCAAGGUCAAGAUAGAGCAAAAGAUGGUGACCGUUAUACACGGGAGUAUAAGGAUAAAAGUGGAAGAUUUGACAGAGGGAGAAACUCGUACGAUGGCCAUCGCCGCGGUAGAAACCAAGAUUUCGACAGGCAUCGUCAUUAUGAUCAAGAUAGAGAAAGGAUGCAUAGACAUAGAUCACGGUCACGUUCUCCUUCUCGCUCAAUGGACAGAUCUCCUUCUUGUUCCCGUUCAAAGAGCAAGCGUACAAGUGGUUUUGACAUGGCACCACCUGCUGGGUCAGUGCUGCCUAAUGCUUCCGUUUCAGAUAUUUCCCUACCAUCCGCAAUGAUGGAAUUUGUUUCUUUAUUAUUUCAUGGACAACUGUCAGGUAUUCCACAAACAAUGCCUGGAGUGGUACAAAAUUCAUUACCUUUUGGGGCAUUGCAUAUGGCUCUUCCAUUGAUGCCAGCUCAAGCCAUGACUCAGCAGGCUACAAGGCAUGCACGUCGGGUAUACGUUGGUGGGCUUCCUCCCUUGGCUAAUGAGCAGACAAUUGCCACAUUCUUUAGCCAAGUCAUGGCUGCCAUUGGAAGAAAUUCUGUUGGUUCAAGUGAUGCGGUUGUAAAUGUCUAUAUUAAUCAUGAGAAGAAGUUUGCAUUUGUGGAGAUGAGAACAGUUGAAGAAGCAAGUAAUGCAAUGGCAUUAGACGGGAUUGUAUUUGAGGGGGUUGCUGUGAGGGUAAGAAGGCCAACAGACUACAAUCCUACUUUAGCUGCAACACUUGGUCCCAGCCAACCAAGUCCUCACCUUAACUUGGCUGCCGUUGGUUUCACACAAGGUGCUUUUGGUGGAGCUGAGGGACCUGACCGUAUCUUUGUGGGUGGGUUACCUUACUACUUCACUGAAGCUCAGAUUAGAGAAUUGCUUCAAUCCUUUGGGCCUCUCCAUGGUUUUGACCUCGUGAAGGAUAAAGAUACAGGAAACUCUAAAGGAUAUGGAUUCUGUGUUUAUCAGGAUCCAACUGUGACAGACAUUGCCUGCGGUGCUCUCAACGGCUUAAAAAUGGGUGAUAAAACUUUAACUGUCCGGCGUGCUACUGCCAGCAACGGGCAGUCUAAAACAGAGCAAGAAAACAUCUUGGUACAGGCACAACAGCAUAUAGCCAUGCAGAAAAUGGCCGUGCAGGUUGUUGACUUGAAUCUUCUAGGAGCUGGAAUGGCAACUAUGGCGAGUGUUAUUGACCGUCGACCUAAUAAUUUGUUCCCAAAGAAGCUGUCCUUCCAAAGUAGCUGUGUAAAUCGGAAGGGAAGGCGGAGCUGCUCUGUAGGCCACAAAGGAGCAAAUGGUGCUUACAAUAUUAACCCUAGCUGCAGUAUCAAGCCGGAGGCCGACGAGGACAGGAGAAAUAAAAUGGACAGGAGAAAUGUGUUAAUUGGUCUUGGAGGAGCAGGUCUUGGUCUUGGUCUUGACACCAAUCUAUUGGCCUCUGGUGCACCAAUUCCCCCUCCGGACUUUAGCACGUGCGGCAAGACUACGGACGAAGUAACAGGACUUGAUUGUUGUCCGCCAACAAGUGAAGUCAAAACUCCCACUCGCUUCAAGCCAGUAGCGCCCCCAAAAAGCUCAGUCCGCACUCGGCUAGCAGCUCAGAAUGCUGUCAAGGAUCCUGACUACAUAAAGAAGUACAGAAGAGCCACUGAGCUCAUGAAGGGCCUUGACGUUGACGACCCGCGUAAUUUCUGGAACCAAGCUAAUGUUCAUUGCAGCUAUUGCGAUGGUGCGUUUAAUCAAAACUUAGCUGGGUACAAAUGUCUGGAGAUACAAGUUCAUAAUUCGUGGCUCUUCUUUCCCUUCCACCGCUGGUUCCUCUUCUUCUACGAGAGAAUCCUCGGUAGCCUUAUUGACGACCCGACUUUCGCUCUGCCAUUUUGGAAUUGGGACAGUCCUGAUGGCAUGUACUUGCCUGAAUUGUUUGAGCUCGACAACGGCGCCUCCCCUCUGUACGACCAUUACCGCAACACCAAGCACCGGCAGAAGGAUUUCUUGCUGGACCUCAACUACAGUGGUACAGACGUCUCCCAAGACCCACAAACGCUAAUAGAUAAUAACCUCAAAACCAUGAACCGGCAGAUGAAUACCAAGGACCGGUGCCUAUUCUUUGGGCAACCUUAUAGGGCUGGCGACUGUCCAAACCCCGGUGGAGGAAACAUUGAGCUUAUACCCCACAAUACGGUCCACAACUGGACCGGUGAUCCCAAGUGGCGUGCGGAGGACAUGGGAAAGUUCUACUCUUCCGCUCGAGAUCCAAUCUUUUUUGCACACCACUCCAACGUGGACCGCAUGUGGCACCUGUGGCUCGAGAAAAUAGGAGGCAAGAAUUUGGAACAAGAUGACUGGCUUAACGCCGAGUUUUAUUUCUAUAACGAGAAGAAGGAACUGGUGAGUGUUAACGUCCAGGACUCGAUCGACAUUGGAAUACUCGGCUAUGCUUACGAAGAUGUUGACAUUCCGUGGCUCCAGACCAAGCCAACUGCACGUAAACCAGCGAAUAAGGCGAAACCUGAUGGUUUAGGACUCCAAGAUCAGUCCUCUGCAGCUAAAGGUGGAUUCUCUUUGGACUCCAAGAUCAGCAUUGCGGUGCCGAGACCAAAGCAGGGCGUGGAGAAGGCGGAACGAGAGGAGAUAUUGAUCUUGCGAGACAUUAAAUUUCCGAGCGACCAGGGUUUGAAGUUCGAUGUAUACGUGAACGAUGAUGCCGACACGCCAAGUCAGCCCAGCCAGAGUGAGUUUGCGGGGAGCUUUGUGCAUGUCCCGCACAAGCACGGCAUGACUUUUAAGACCAACCUGUAUUUGGGAAUCACGAGGUUGUUGAAGGACGUGGGAGCCGAUAAGGCCGCUAGUGUGGUGGUCACUUUGGUGCCAAGGUACCGGAAUGGGCCGGUCACCAUUGGGGCCAUCAGCAUUGAGCAAUCUUCUUGUGACUGAUUUCCGUAAUGAUUCUUAACGACAGAAUCCUGGGAGUUAACUAUUAAAACCCACGCUAUAGUAUAUAUGCAUGAAUAAACCAUGAUCUGUCGUCUCGGUCAAUGCAUGCAUGCAUGCAUCCCUGUUUACCUAUGUAUCCUGCUGCUAUUCCAUCUCCCAUCUCUGCUGGCUUUAAUAAAUUAUCUGAACUUUUUAUUA